GGGGGGCCAGAGUCCGACCCUGACUCAUUCCCCACAACCUCUUCUGCUGCUUAAACCCCAGGGCAGGUCACAGAAAUCAACAACUCUACUGAGAGGCAGACCAAGCCCCGAUUCUGAAUCAGACAUCCAAGGGAGGAAUCUCCGAGAGAAAACUGUAGGAGAGAGUAGUUCUACCACCACCUCAUCUGAUCAUGGAAUACAUCAAGGCCAAGGACUAUAUCUCAGCCUUGAACCCUACUUCCCUGCUCAGGUCAGUAUCCAGUGUUGGUUCUGAGUUUGGUCGUCGGGUCUGGACUUCAGGUCCUCCACCCCAGCGUCCUUUCCGUGUCUGUGACCAUAAACGGUCCACUCGAAAAGGUCUGACAGCUGUCACCCGCCAAGAAUUGCUUGACAAAGCACUUGAGACCUUGCUGCUGAGUGGUGUGCUAACAUUGGUGCUAGAGGAGGAUGGGACAAGUGUGGAGAGUGAAGAAUUCUUCCAGAUGCUGGAGGAUGAUACAAGCCUGAUGGUCCUGGAGAAGGGACAGAACUGGAGCCCUGUCAGAAGUGGGAUGCUCUCAUACGGCCUGGGCCGGGAGAAGCCAAAGCACAGCAAAGACAUUGCCAGCAUCACAUUUGAUGUGUAUAAACAGAACCCCCGGGACCUCUUCGGCAGCCUCAACAUCAAGGCCACGUUCUAUGGGCUGUACUCCAUGAGCUGCGAUUUUCAAGGACUUGGUCCCAAGAAGGUGCUCAGAGAGCUCCUUCGGUGGACUUCCACGAUCCUGCAUGGGCUGGGAAACAUGCUACUAGGUGUUGCAUCCACCCUUCGCCACGUAGUGGAAGGUGCCGAGCAGUGGCAGCAUCGACACCAGCUCCAUGCCAACUAAGUACUCUGCCCCAUCCUCAAUCUAAAGAUGGAUUUAGCAUGGAACAGA